UCUGCAAAAGAAAAUUGUGUUGCUGCUCCUUCGACCCGCUGUCACAGCUCCUGUUGGGAUAGCUUCGAUCACCGCUGCUCUUCCCCCCCUUCCCUCCUUCACAGCAUAAUUCAGGCCAGAACAUACCAUAAUGGCUUCAAAGUUUUUAAGAGAAUAUAAACUGGUUGUUGUCGGUGGUGGUGGUGUCGGAAAGUCAUGCUUGACAAUUCAAUUGAUUCAGAGCCACUUCGUGGAUGAAUAUGACCCGACAAUUGAAGAUUCAUACCGCAAGCAGUGCGUCAUUGACGAGGAGGUGGCUUUGCUGGACGUGUUGGAUACUGCUGGACAGGAGGAGUAUUCGGCGAUGCGUGAACAAUACAUGCGAACCGGCGAAGGCUUUCUUCUAGUGUACUCGAUAACAUCGCGUCAAUCGUUCGAAGAAAUCAUGACCUUCCAACAACAGAUUCUACGAGUGAAGGACAAGGACUACUUCCCCAUCAUCGUGGUUGGUAACAAGUGCGAUUUGGACAAGGAGAGAGCUGUCUCCGAAGAAGAGGGUGAGGCGCUCGCACGGGAGUUCGGCUGCAAGUUCAUCGAAACCUCCGCCAAGUCCCGCAUCAACGUGGAAAACGCUUUCUACGACCUCGUGCGCGAAAUCCGUCGUUAUAACAAGGAGAUGUCAUCGUAUCCAUCUGGCGCUGGCGGGGGCUCCCGCGCCCCGGAAGGCAAGAUGGACGUCAGUGAGCCUGGCGAUGACGCAGGCUGCUGUGGAAAAUGUAUCAUUAUGUAAUGGGACAGGCGUUGGAUCUAAAAGAAUAUACAGGUCGAGAUACGGAAGGAAACAAAACACUUACAUUUACCCGGCUGGAAAGAGAUCAGCAACAGAUACGGGCCACUGUCUCAUUGCGGAAUGUGGCUUGUCGACGCUUUUUGGAUUGUGAUCAUUAUACCAUACGAGCCUCGCUAUCAGAUGAUGUCUGCUCCCACCCUAAUGCCGCCAUCGUCUCCAUGAACGUUCGAUUCCCCCUUUGUUCCUCUAUUUUGUUUAUUAUUAUUAUUAUUUUUUUUUUUUUUGAAAGAUUACUUUCUUGAC